AUGUCUCCCUGCGCCCGACGGUGUCCGCUACUCCGUGCAGCACACGUUUCGCUUGUUCGUUCGCCCUACGGUGCGCUUUACACAUGGCGUCGCUGCGUGGCCGCCGCCGCCGCCGCCACCACCACCGGCAGUAGCAGUAGUAGUAGUAGUAGCAGCAGCAACAGCAAUGAUGAGGCGCAUCCUUCCUCCUCCAAGUUUAGCAUUGACCCAAGACGGCUCCCCGACACGAUUCCUGGCGUUUCCCGUGAGGAGCUGGCGGCGCGGCUGGAGAAGUACCAACGCGAGUUGGCCUACAAGGCCGCACAGGCCACGUCGCGUGAGCUGGCGAACGAGAUUGACACAAUGCGCCGUGCGAUGCCACCAGAGCAAUUUCGGAAGUUCCUUCACGACCUGGACGCGAUAGAGGCAAAGAACGCGAAGGAGGCUGCACGGAUUAACGCCAUGUCGCCGUCGCAGCUGUACCGCUACCAGCAGCGGCAGCAUCGGCGGCAGUGGUUCAGAAGGUUCGCAAAGACCCUCAUGCUGUGUGUGACCUUCUUCGGCGCCAUAUUCUUCAUGUUCUUCCUGUUUUUCUUCUUUCAGUGA